AUGUCUUUGGACAAUAAACAAGAGUUUUCUCAAUACGUAGCUGAAAUUAGUCGGGUUCAGCGAAAGCACGUUGCUGAUCGCGUAGAAAAACUAGCUGGACACCAAGCUCAUGCCUGGCAAUAUUUUGGCGGUUGCAUCACGUUUUCUACAGUAAGUGUAAUGCUGGUAUUUAAGUUAUGGGGGCCUCGUCAUAUUUUUAAAAAUAGCAUGUACUAUGCACGACCUUUACCACCGGCGAUUAGUAUGGGCGUAGUGCUUUAUGGUGUAAUUUACACCUGUCGUGGCAUGCUUAUGAGGAACCGAAUAUGCACCAUGAUGGAGGACUACGAGUAUGAACUCAAACGUAUUAGUGCCCACCAUUGUGAAGAAGGGGUAACACAACUUGCAUGGUUGCAGUUUGUACUAGAGCAGUUGAAACAGGGCUCAGAGCAUCGAUUCGACUUUAAGAAGCUUAGGGAAGUGUAA